CCAACACCACCAAGAGGGACAUUUUCUAAAGCUAUUGGGCAGUGGACUUUAUCCCAUUCUUGACUUACUUUUACCAAAAUGCCCGUCUUCUUUGCACUUUUCAGCUUGUUCGUUAAAGCGCUUAUAAUUAUCACAUUUCUUCUUGUCGCAGCUUUUCUUUGUUACUGCUUGUAUGUAAAGUACAUACAUAUGAAAUUUGACCACAUACCCGGACCACCGAGAGACAGUUUCUUACUGGGACAUGCACCGACGUUUCUGAGGUCAAUUAAAAAUGACAAACUCCUUCACGACAAUUUGCUGGAGUGGACCGAGACUUACGGACCAGUUUUCAGGAUAAACAUUCUGCAUUAUGUUAGUCUGUGCACCUCCUGUCCAGAGGCAACAAAGGAAAUCUUGAUGUCAUCAAAGUACCCCAAGGAUAAGCUGGUCUAUAAGAAACUCUUUUACCUGUUUGGUGAAAGAUUCUUUGGCAACGGCCUUGUAACAGCACAAGAUCAUGAGCUCUGGUACAAACAACGGAGGAUCAUGGACCCUGCAUUCAGCAGCUUGUAUCUCAGAGGUCUAAUGGGGACCUUUAAUGAGAGAGCAGAUAAACUGAUGGAUAAACUCGGAGACAUUGCUGAUAAUAAUGUUGAGGCAAACAUGCUGCAUCUUUUUAACUGUGUUACGAUGGAUGUUAUUGCCAAGGUUGCUUUUGGUGUGGAUUUAGACCUCCUGACUAGUAGCUCACCUUUCCCUAAAGCCGUUGAGACGUGUUUGAAAGGGUUGGUGUACUAUGUUAGGGACUUUUUCUUUGAGUUCAAUCCAAAGAACAGACCUUACAUUAAAGAAGUAAAGGAAGCAUGCCGCCUGCUGCGUACAACUGGAGCUCAGUGGAUCCACAAAAGAAAGAUGGCCAUACAGAACGGUGAAGAUGUCCCCAAAGACAUCCUCACAAUGAUCAUCAAAACUGCUGCUGCAGAGGAAAACAUGACUGCAGAAGAUGAGGAGUUCAUGUUGGACAAUUUUAUCACUUUCUUCAUUGCGGGGCAAGAAACAACAGCCAAUCAGCUAGCUUUCUGUGUCAUGGAGCUUGGAAGACAUCCUGAAAUCCUGGAGAAAUUGAAGAAAGAGGUGGAUGAUGUCAUUGGGAUGAAACAGGACAUAAGCUACGAUGACCUCGGCAAACUGAUUUACCUCUCACAGGUACUAAAAGAGACUCUGAGGAUCUACCCGACAGCUCCAGGGACGUCCCGUUAUAUUAUGGAAGACAUGGUCAUUGAUGGUAUCCGCAUACCCGGGGGUGUAACCUGUUUUUUCAGCUCUUAUGUGAGUGGGAGGACGGAGAAAUUCUUCAAGGACCCACUUACAUUUGAUCCAGACAGGUUUCACCCAGAUGCUCCCAAGCCUUAUUACUGCUACUACCCUUUUGCCCUGGGUCCACGCUCAUGCCUGGGACAGAACUUUGCUCAGAUGGAGGCCAAAGUGGUGAUGGCCAAGCUGCUCCAGAGGUUCGAUUUCACCCCUCUCCCAGGAGAGACCUUUGACAUCCUGGACACUGGGACACUGAGACCAAAGAGUGGAGUUGUCUGCACUGUCCAACACAGGAAUUACACAAACUAAGAGGUUAAACAUUGAUAUUGGUCCAUAAACUAGUUGAUUUCAAUAUUACUUCAUGUAAAAGUACAAAUAUUGCGACACUCAGACAAUGAACACAAAAAACAGGUUUUGUAAUUUAAAUACCAUCAUUUAUACUUAGAAAUAACUAUAUUUUCAUUUUUUUGUCAGCCUUGAACUUGUAAUAACACUAAUACGUAACUACUGAAUAUCUGUUUUUAUGCUAAAUAAAAUAAAAUGCAGCUAAAUAUGUGACUUUAGACAUUUAUAUUGCACACAGUCUGCUGUGUAGUGAUUUUUAUUUUUAUUUAUUUUUGAAUAUGACUCUUGUUUCAUUUUGACUAUCACAGACAGAACAUGAUGCUUUAAAACCUGGAACUCUAAAAAUGAUGCUAACAUUUUUGACAAUUUUGUUAUUCUACUUUGUGAUGACUUAUAGAUGCUAAACGAUGAAUCUGGUUGUAGUUGAAGACUGGUGUUAAUAUAUUUGGAGUUAUGGUAAAAUUUUCAUUUUAUGUUUAAAUAUGAUUAAAACUAAGCCCUGAAAAUGUGUUAUUGUUGUUUCAAAAUAAAUUGUGAGGCUUCAGUACACUCUU